AUGCAUCUGUUCGACAGGAAACUCCAAGACGUGUUGGGCGGCAGAAGCCUUCUGGAAAAAUGGAUAAUUAUCGUCGUCGUCGUGCUGUGCGGUGCCGGUUUGAUGCUGACGGUCGUGACAAUUUUCGGAGGCAUGGGUGUCAAGAAUAAGAUAUGCAAGAGCGACGAGUGCCUAAUAUCAGCCGAGUCCAUAUCGAGGUCGAUUAACGCGAACGUUGAACCUUGCGACAACUUUUACGAAUUCGCGUGCGGAAAAUGGCAGUACAGCCAUCAGCUUGAAUACGGCAAACCCAACAAUUGGUUUGCCGAGAGAUCGAGAGUCAUUUCUGCAGCGGUGACGAAGAUCUUAGAAGAACCGGACCGUGAAAACGAUCUGAAGUCGAUAAAACAAGCUAGACGUCUUUAUAGGACUUGUCUGGAUACAGACACAUUAAACAAAUUGGGAUACGAACCGGUCUUCAAGUUCCUGGAGAAGAUGGGACUUCCGCGGAUGUUUCCGGAUUUUACGACCAGCACAUACCCCAACGGGACAGUGUUCAACGUGGCCAGGAGCCUGGCGCUGAUGGAGAGGUACCUUGGAGUCGAUCUCAUGUUGCAGAUAUCCUUGGAACUGAACCCGAAAAAUAACCGAACGAUCCUCAGUACUGGGCCCAUGACGAACAUUAUACCAGCAUUGCCUGAACCACUGUUCGACUACCACCGCAACCGAGACGGUAGCCAGAGACCUUAUCAAGACUUCACCUCCGAACAAGAGGCCGCCACCUCUCGAUUGGUGAUGGCGAAAGUCCAGUACAUGGUGAGGGUCAUAUCGAGUAUGUUCCCCGACGAAUUUUUCAACGCCACUUCGCUGACCACUUUUUGCGUCAAAAUCAUCAUUCUCGAAGUGACAUUAAAAAAAGCUUUAGACUUGGAAAAAAAACCAGAAGAAAUCACAAUCAGAGAUCUAAGAGAUUACAUGUAUUCGAACACGUCAGACCCAUAUGAAGAGAAACUGUUUGACUGGCAAUCGUUCAUCGAUCAUUUUACCUUGGAAUCCAAUCACACAUGGGGGAUGGACGAUAUAGUGUUGGUCCGAAAUAAGGAAUAUUUUUUGGAACUACAAUGGAGAUUAAUAAACACUCCUCUAGAAGAAAUUCAACAACUUCUUUGGUGGAAAAUCGUGGAAACUUUAAUUCCGCACACUACCACGGAUAUGGCAAACCUAAAAUUGGCAUUGAACGAGAUCGUGGUACCGUCGGCGAUAAGAAUUACCCGACCAGAAUUUUGUACCGCAGUUACCAGAGCUUUCGUCAAGGGCCCAAUCGCCUACGAGUUCUACGUUCGAGACGACUUGAAAGUCACUACGGAGAAGAUCCGGAUGAUGAUCAAUCAACUGCAAGGUGCGUUCAGUGACAUGAUCAGUGAAUCCGAUUGGACGGACGAGCAAACAAAACAGGUGGCCACCCUAAAGGUGGACGCCAUGAGAAUCGGAGUCGGUUAUCCGAAAAUAUUUGAAACGCCGGACGAACUGGACGCAAACUACAACUACAUCAUCGUCGAAGACCCCCACUACCUUCAGACCAUGUUGAACAUUAGGUCCUACGAGAUCGGUUUCGUACUGGGAAAGGUGGGAGAACCGGUAAAAAUGGAUGGUGCGAAGUCAGUCACGACGGACCCGUUGGAAGUAAACGCGUAUUACAAUAGAAUGGACAAUUCCAUCAACAUUCCAUCCGGAAUUCUACAGAUACCGUUUUUCAACAAGGGUGUCGAUGUCGUAAACUACGGCGCCAUCGGUUCGAUCCUCGGACACGAAAUCUCACACGGAUUCGACAUCGAAGGUAAAGACUACGAUAUCCACGGCCAUAAGACGUCGCAGUGGUCUCCAAACACGGUGAGAGAGUACUUGACCCGGGCGCAGUGCUUCGUCGAACAGUACGAUCAGUUCAUGUUGAACUCAAACACCAGACUAAAUGGCACGCACACUUUGGCCGAAAACAUGGCCGACAACGUGGGACUGAAGCAGUCGUGGAAGGCGUACAAAUCGCAUAACAUCGGCGGGGAAUCCCGUCUAUCGGGGCUCACCGAGUACUCCAACGACCAGCUGUUCUUUUUGUCCUACGCAAACGUGUGGUGCCAAAAUCCGGAAGACGAGAAUUCCGAACAAAUUGACCCACUCAGAAACGACGAGCACAGCCCCAGCGCCAUCCGGGUGAUAGGGUCGCUGAGAAACAGUGCCGAGUUCGCGGACGUCUGGAAAUGUCCGGUCGGAAGUCCCAUGAACCCUUCCAAGAAGUGCUCCAUGUGGUGAACGCCAAAUACAACGCCAUCGACGUCCAAAACCGUUUGCUCGGUGCUCGACGAUUUUUACAAUUAUUAUUAUUAUUAUUACUAUUAUCAUUGUUUAAUAAAUGUUAUUUAUGUUGUUGUCAUUAUUUUCAUCGUUCAGCUCCGUACACAACAGACGAUAAUCUAUAGUUGUUGUUCGUUUUGUGCAGUGAAAGUGAUAACGCUAUAAAAAUGUAUUAUGUAAUAUAAGUCUGUAUUCUCGUCAUC